AUGGCGGAUGCUCCAGCGCUGACACUCUUCCACCAUAUUCGUGGCAAUCAGCUGAUCAAACCGCCGGAGGAUGGCGAACCGCAGACGAUUCAUCCGAAUAAGGAACAGUUAACGAGAAGAUACGCUAUAAUUCCUGAGCAGCCAUCUCUGCAGCAACAAAGUUCUCAAGAAGGUUGUUGCUCCUCGGACAAUGUGAUAAUUGUACCUCAUGUCCAGAUAACUCCGAAUGAGUCUCAUCUCUUCAACAGAGCUAUUAGUUCUGGCGGCGGUUUAUUAGCAGACUUGCAGCGAGCAACGAUCGCCGCACAAGCAUUCUACGCCGAGAACAACGAGCCAACAAAGACGAGGUCGCCGUGGAUCUUGAAACGGCUGUACGAAUGGUCAAACCGUGCAAAACGUCGUGAAAUCAUCAAACAUGUACAAGCCGCCUUGGAAACCUCCGUAGAUCAUGAGCUAGAAGAUGACGAGCUGGAAAAGUUAUUGCCGGUGUCGUGGGAUGAAAUGUUUGAAGGAACCAUACGCGAGCUGCCUCAGCAGAAACAAAAAUACCUCCAAGCCGUUUGGGAGUUGUUUCAUUCCGAGUUAAAAUUCCUCCAUCACCAACUGCUUGUUCUUCGCAAUGUGUACAAAGAGCCGUUGAAAAAGUGCCAAGUCGAAGGAUGUCUGCUCACAGUCGAACCAGACUUGUUGUUCGGAAACCUGGACCAGUUAUGCCGGAUAUCUCGCGGGUUUUGUCAGACAUUCCUGUCUCUUUUACCGUCUGUGAAUCACGAUGGAACCGACUACGACUGCACUGAACUUGUUGUGAAGCUUUUCGAAAAGUUCUCAAAAGGUCCAUCGACGAUCUCUGCAUAUCAAGCAUACUGUAUCAAUUAUAAGGCUACCAUGGAAUAUCUUGGCUCGAUUCGCCAAAAGGAGGAGCGAUUCACAGAGUUUGAGCGAAUAUGUCUGGCAGAUGAGAGGUGCUUCCGAUUACAACUGGAGGAUCUGCUCAUCGCUCCUCUUCAAAGAAUAACACGACUGCCUAUUUUAUUACGAGAAAUUAACAAGUACACGGAAGGCGAAGAAAACAAAGCCCAGGUGGAGAAGGUGAUAGAUUCCAUGACAGAAAGUCUUCGUUCCAUCGAUGACAGUGUUCAGUGGCUGCACAACUUCGAACGCUUGCAACAGUUACAGACUCAAGUAAUAUGGCCGUCGAUAGUGGAGAUGGAACCAAGAUCCUUCGUGCCUGAUUUUCUGAAAGUUGCGCUUUCACGACAGUUCUGCGAGAACCUGCUUGCACAUCCACGAAGAAAACUCAUUCAUGAGGGACCAUUGGAGUUAGUAGAGAAUGGCAGGACUGUCGACUGCUACGCAUUCCUCUUCAACGACAUGUUUGUGCUGUCGAAAACGAAGAAAUGUGCACUGAAACUGAGAGUCAAAGGCAAUCCAGUCAACAAAACGGAUCACUAUGUCGUGCAAAGGCAGCCAGUCCCGUUGGACUCCUGUGUAUUCUGCGAUGCUGAUUCCAAUGACUCGAACAGCUCAAUGUCCCUCAAAUUUGCUUUCGUAAUCAUUCACCUCACUCGAUACUACCAAGUCGUAGCCAUUUACACCCUCCAAGCGGCAGACAAACAUGAUAAGGAACUCUGGAUCGAGAAAUUCCAAGAAUCCAUCGAAAACUACGAGUCAAUACAACUGAAAGAUAUGCUUAAAUGCACUCCUCUAUUCUCUAGCUUAAGUCUGAGAAGAUGCUCCACCUCCCGGUUGAUGACCAAAACCAACAAAGAAAAAGGAAAAGAAAAGGAAGGUAAAGAGAGUAAUGAUUCUGGAGAUUCAAAGGAUUAA